AUGUCAGGAGAAAUGGAGGAUGAUCUUGACCUAUCCAACUUUAUCCCUCCAAUGAACAAGAGAAACAUGGAAGGAAUUACAUAUGGAGGGGUAACGCGGAAAAAUCAAAAUGAGGCUGACACAAGUGUUGAUUCAUUUAAUAAUUUUGUGGAUGAUGAUUUAGAUGUUAAUAUCCCAAAUGUUGAUGUUAAAACAAGGUCCAAUGAAGGUGUACCAUGGAAGAAGCGAUUUCAUGCACUAGGUAUGAGAUUUACUAAUCCUAAACAACUGAAGCACAUGCUUUGCAAUUAUGAUAUUGUCAAUGGGUAUCAAUUGUGUUAUAAAAAAUGGUAG